CACUCUCUUUCUCCUCUCCUCUCGCCGCAUCCACUCCAUCACAGAUCCCGCCAUGCCCAAGGCAUUCACGCGCGACGAGGUGCGCACCAUGAUGGCCGUGUUCGACACGGUCAUCCCCUCCAUGUCGGUCGAGGAGCUGCUCAAGCGCGCCCCGGGGCUCGCGGAGGAGGUCGACAUCGACGUCGUGGCGGAUUACGCGGCCGAAGUGCCCAGCAAGGUGCCGGGCGUGCGGGAGGAGCUGCAGAGUCUCCUUGCUGCGCACCUCGCGCCUGAGAAGAUUGCCGAGCUCAAGACGGUGCUUGGGCUGAUGCGCGGCUACUUUGGCUCCCUCGCCCUCACCGGCUCGUUCACGCCGUUCGAGUCGCAGCCGAUUGCGGUGCGCGAGAAGCAGCUGCUGUCGUGGAAGACGAGUGUGAUCCCGACCUACCGCAAGAUCUACGAUUCGCUCGUCAAGCUCGGCAUCGCGCUGUACCUGCGCAACUCGGCGACGGUGCGCAAAGUCAUGCGGUACGACCCAAAGCCCGUGCCGCUUGCCGAGAGCUACUUUGGCUUCGAGUUCCUCACUGUUUCCCAAGCCGCCGAGGGGCGGUGGGACGCGAUCAUCGUCGGCUCUGGCUCUGGCGGCGGCGUCGCCGCCAAAGCCAUGGCGGAGGCGGGCAUGCGCGUGCUCGUGAUCGAAAAAGGCGCCCACUACGACCACUCGCAGACGUAUGACGAGCCGUGGGCCCUGGAGCACAUGUACGAGUGCGGCGUGUUGCGCGCGACGGAGGACGGGUCCGUGGGUCUCGUCGCGGGCUCCGUCUUCGGCGGGGGCAGCACCGUCAACUGGGCCGCGAGCCUACAAGCGCCUGCGGCGGUGCGCGAAGGCUGGGCGAAGGAGUUCGGGCUCCCCUACUUUGCUUCCCCCCAGUUCCAAGCGGACAUGGACUACGUGUGCGCCGUGAUGGGCGUGUGUGCGCCGACGCACAACGUGCAGAACCAGAUGCUGCUCGAAGGCGCCCGGCGGAUGGGGUACACGCGCGCGGACGUGCCGCAGAACGCGGGCGGCGCGCCGCACGGGUGCGGGCACAACUGCGCGAACGGGUGCGUGUCCGGCGGCAAGAAGGGGGGCGUGCACGCGUGGCUCGCGGACGCGGCGCGCGCCGGCGCGCGCUUCGUGCGCGCCAACGUCCGCCGCAUCGACUUUGCGGGGCGCGCCGCCGUCGGCGUCACCGUGCUGCACGACGGGCGCGAGACCUCGCUCCCGGCGCCACGCGUCAUCGUCGCGGGCGGAAGCAUACACUCCCCGGCGUUGCUGCUGCGCUCGCGCGUGCGCAACCCGCGCAUCGGCGCAAGCAUCUACCUCCACCCCACGAACUAUGUGUACGGCGUGUUCAAGGAGGACACGCACCCGACCGAGGGCCAGAUCUUGACGUCGGUCGUGAGCGAGUUCGCGAACCUCACGCCGGGAGGGUAUGGGCCGCGCAUCGAGACGGGGAUCAUGCAGCCCGUCGUGAGCAUGAGCCUGCUCCCGUGGGCCGGGGGCGCGGAGCACAAGGGCCGCUUGGCGCGGCACUCGCACAUGCUCGGCCUCAUCGUGAUUACGCGCGACAAAGACUGCGGGCGCGUCAAGCUCGACGCGCACGGCGAGCCCGCCGUGCACUACUCCGUGUCCGCGACGGACGCGGGCAACAUCCAGACGGGGACAGUGGGGGCCGCGGCGAUGCUGCGCGCGCUGGGUGCGCAAGAGAUUAUCGUGUGCGGCCGCGGCGUGCCGAGCUGGAAGGACGGCGAUGACUGGGACACUUGGACCGAGCUCGUGCGCACCACCCGGCCGGCGAGUUACGGCAGCGCACACCAGAUGGCGAGCAACCGCAUGAGUGCGCGCCCGGCGGACGGCGCAUGCGAUCCCGACGGCGCGUUGUAUGGCGUCUCGGGCGUGUGGGUCGCGGACGCGAGCGUGCUGCCCACCAGCUCGGGCGUGAACCCUAUGGUUACGAGUAUGGCGGUUGCGCACAAGGUUGCGCGGGGCGUGGUGGAGGGAUGGCAGGCGGGGACGGAGGGUGCGCGCGGCAGUGCAAAGCUGUAG